GUCAAAAUCAGAGCUGAAGCAGAGUUGACCUUAUUACAGAAACUGAAGAUCCUACAAACAUUUUGGAAAGAGAGAGAAUUCCAUCUGGGCAAAUUUUUCUUUUUGGUGAGGUCCCAAGAAUCCAUUUUAGACCGCUCCCAUAGACCUCCAAGUGGUAGAUUUCGGAAACUUGAAGAACAAGUCCUUGUUAAGGACAGUGGCACUUUUAUACUGAUGG